AUGGAUGCUUUGGACGGCUUGUUGCCCAGGCUGCACAUCUUGCGCUGCGUUUGCGGCGGAGCAGAGCGGCUCCCCUGCGCCAGCCUGCGGGCGCUUGCAGCUGUCUCCAAGGGCUGGCACGAGCUCAGCCUUUGUCCGGAGAUCUUGCCCUUCGCGCGGCAGUUGCGGUGCCGCUUGCUGACGUCGCAGAAUGUGUGCAAGAGGUCAGGAGAGGUGUGGCCACCUGGUGAAAGCAUGGAGGUGCACCGGACUGGCAACUCACAACCAUUGGGCGACCACGACAUGCUUGUCCGAUUCUUCCACGCCUGCCUGCACCGGGAUUUUGGGGAAGCACGGCAGCUGCGACGGCGGUUGGAUGAGGCCAGAACUGUUGACGCCCUGGUGGAGCUCCUCUCCGAAUUCCGCAGCGCCCACUUUGCAAGACCUGCCGGCCCUGGCCAUGCACCACCACCUGUGUGGUGCUCUGCCGCUGCAGUACUCCCCGGCGGCCGGCUUUCCGUAGUGGGUGGUGGCUGCUACAGCUACGAGCUGGCAAACGCGCAGACGCGGAUGGUGGAAGUGCUUUGGAAUCAGCCACAUGUCUACAUCUUCGACAUCGCACAGCGGAGCUGGUCUCGUCAGCCCACGCAAGGCACUCCGCCCCCGAUCGCCCACACCUAUGCAGCUGCUCACACCUUGCUGGGCGACAAGUGGGUAUUCUGGUGCGGUGGAUACUAUGGCCAGGCCUACAACACGGCCUAUAGCCUGGACGUGCAGACAUGGACUUGGAGAAGUUUGCGGAACAGCUCGGAUCAAGUCCCCACAGCUCGCUACUUCGUGUCCUCUUUUGAGUUCAACGGCGCGCUGUAUGCGUGGGGUGGUCGAAGCUCACAGAACACCUAUUGCGACGAUCUUUGGCGCCUGGAUCGUUCCCGAGCCCAUCAGGACGUCAUUCACACUGAUCAAGUCUCAGCAACGGGUAGUCUUCCUCCGGCAAAGUUUGGAGC